AUGGCUCUGAAGGACACGGGCAGCGGUGGCAGCACCAUCCUCCCCAUCAGCGAGAUGGUGUCCGCGUCCAGUACUCCUGGCGCCCCUCUGGCCGCCGCCCCGGGGCCCUGUGCUCCGUCGCCCUUCCCCGAGGUGGUGGAGCUGAACGUUGGUGGCCAGGUCUAUGUGACCAAGCACUCGACGUUGCUCAGCGUCCCGGACAGCACUCUGGCCAGCAUGUUCUCGCCCUCUAGCCCCCGGGGCGGCGCUCGGCGCCGGGGCGAGUUGCCCAGAGACAGCCGCGCGCGCUUCUUCAUCGACCGCGACGGCUUCCUCUUUAGGUACGUUCUGGAUUACCUGCGCGACAAGCAGCUGGCGCUGCCCGAGCACUUCCCCGAGAAGGAGAGGCUCCUGCGCGAGGCAGAGUUCUUCCAGCUCACUGACCUGGUCAAGCUGCUGUCUCCCAAGGUCACCAAGCAGAACUCGCUCAAUGACGAGGGCUGCCAGAGCGACCUGGAGGAUAAUGUUUCCCAAGGCAGCAGCGACGCACUGCUGCUGCGUGGGGCGGCGGCCGGCGGCGCGCCCUCGGGCUCUGGAGCGCUUGGUGUCAGUGGUGUUGUUGUUGGUGGCAGCAGCGCUCCGGACAAGCGCUCUGGCUUUCUCACCCUGGGCUACCGUGGCUCCUACACUACUGUGCGCGACAACCAGGCAGAUGCCAAGUUCAGGCGUGUGGCUCGCAUCAUGGUGUGCGGGCGCAUAGCCUUGGCCAAAGAGGUCUUUGGGGACACUCUUAAUGAGAGUCGCGACCCCGACCGGCAGCCCGAGAAGUAUACGUCCCGCUUCUACCUCAAGUUCACCUACUUGGAGCAGGCGUUCGAUCGACUGUCUGAGGCCGGCUUCAACAUGGUGGCGUGCAACUCCUCUGGCACCUCUGCCUUUGUCAACCAGUAUCGAGACGACAAGAUCUGGAGCAGUUACACCGAGUACAUCUUCUUCCGUAAGUUAGCAUCCUACCUACCCAUCCAUCUCACACACUUUCUCCGCCAUCACAGACUUGCUGUGGGAGGAGCUCGGUUGUGGCCUGGAAGGGAUGUUCCUUGCAGGUGUGCCCUGGUGGCGAGCCUGCUAAUCUGUACCAGCAGGUCUCCCUCAGCACCCCUUGAGCAGUGCAAAGUAAAUCUCUGGUCCUCCCCCAUACCAGAUUCAGGUUCUCUUUCUAAACUUAUUGAUCCUGUUCUCUUGCCCCGCCUCACUCCUUGUUGCUUUGGACGCCUUUCACUGUGCAGCGUUAAGAGGAGACAGAGCACUAUGUGUGCCUAUAGGUCGUCCACCUUUUGUCUGAUGAGAU